AUGAUGAUGAUGAUGAUGAUUCAGGACGACGAUGAGAAGAAGAUGGAUGAAGUCACGUUCAAGAAACUCUUCCCUGGAUUACAGAGAAGUGGUACACAAAUCAGAGCUCCGGAGAGACCAAAUCUGAGAGUGAUUUGUUUCGCCAACGCGGGAAAUGCAGAGGACUUGUUCACGAACGAAGGCUUGGGGGAGCGACGAAUCGUGUCUCCUCUGUUGACGUUUUGUAAGAACUACAAAGCGGAGUUGUUGUCGGUGCAAUUACCGGGAAGAGGAUCCAGACGUAACGAACCGUGGGACGAGCCGAAAAUACAAACGGUUAUUCGAGAAAUUGCACCAACGCUCGCGAACGAAUUGCGAGACGUGCCGUACGUCGUCGUCGGUCAUUCCGUGGGAUGCUGGCUUGCGGUACAACUCGUGGACGUUUUGAAAAGCACAUACGGCGUCAAUGAGCCGCUACAUUUUUUCCUUUCAAACUUCCCAGCGCCGACGAUUGAGGACAAAGAUAAGCCUUGGCGCAAAAAUAAGCACUUAUCCGAACGAGAGUUUCAAGACGAAUGUCGUCGAUGGGACGUUCAAGAAGUGGUGUUCACUGGCAUCUGGAAGAUUUACCAUCCGCUCAUGCGCGCGGAUUUUUGUCUCUUUGAUAGCUACGAGAACGAUUUGAAGGAGAAGACGUUCACCUCAGACGUGACUGCGUUUCAUGGCACGAACGACAGAAUGAUCUCAAAAAGUAUGGUCGAAAAAUGGGAAACGAUGACAACCGGCGCGUUUGCGCUCGAAAUUGUACAAGGCGGUAACCAUUUAUUCCCUCUCGAAAAGGAAAGCAAAAUCGAUUGGUUGAAACGCAUCGUUGCAGUCAUAGAAGCAAAAGUCAUGCCAAGCAUCGUCGCUUAA